GAACAUUUUCCAGGCCGGUGAUUGGUCGCUGCGCUCAACGGCUUGCACUUUAUUGGUUGAAAACGUUACGCUGAGUGUGGGCUGAGGAGUUGAUGAUUCCGUUGGUUCCUGGCUGUGAGUAGAGCGACUGAAGGGGCUGGGCCCAGAGUGGAGAAAUGGCGAGAAUGGUUAACGAAAACGGCUGUAGAGCGGAAACACAAGACCCAGAGCCGCAGGGACCGGGUCGGGGUGCGGUCAGAUGGGGUCCACAACACGCCGGUGCCCGAGAACUGGCCAGUUUAUACUCCCCAGGCAAAAGAUGUCAAGAAUGGAUAAGUGUUGUCCUCUGCUUCUCUCUCAUGGCCUUCAACUUCAUUCACCUUCUUGCCAAUUUCCAUUUGGGGCAUUUGUGGCAUAUCCUGCUGAGUAUUGUGGCAGGAAUACUCACCGCAGACUUCGCGUCAGGACUGGUUCACUGGGGGGCUGAUACGUGGGGAUCAGUGGAUGUACCCAUCUUUGGAAAGGCCUUUAUACGACCAUUUAGGGAGCACCACAUUGACCCCACAGCCAUUACUCGUCACGAUUUCAUUGAGACCAAUGGUGACAACUGCAUGCUGACCAUAGUCCCUCUAGCAAACAUGGCCUUCAAUUUCCUCACCCUCUCCCCCGCGGAGAUCUACCAUAUCUUCCCCUGGUACUGCUACUUGUUUGCACUGGCCAUCUUUGUGACGCUUACCAACCAGAUUCACAAGUGGUCGCACACGUACUUCGGCCUGCCUCGCUGGGUGGUGCUCUUACAGGACUGGCACAUCAUCCUUCCCCGCAAGCACCACCGCAUCCAUCACGUCUCCCCUCACGAGACGUACUUCUGCAUCACCACGGGUUGGCUGAACUACCCUCUGGAGAAGCUUGGUUUCUGGAGGAACCUGGAGGAUCUUAUCCAGGGUGUGACUGGAGAGAAGCCCAGGGCGGACGACCUCAAAUGGGCUCAAAAAGUCAAGUAAACCUGCAGGCUAACUGCACCCUACCUCAGAAGACGCUGGUUCCAUCCAGCUCAUCCCGCUUUUUUGCCUCACUUAAACUGUAAUUCAUAGGAAGAAAAACUAACGAACAAUGUCUGAUGCCAUAGCUUUAAGUCUUGCACAUUUUGUCUGUUCUUUCAAGAAGAGGGCUCUCUUGAUGGAUUGAUACUCAUUGCUCACUCAUGGAGAUCAUCAUUUCAGAUUGCAAUAUAUCCUUAACUCUUUGUGUGUCAAAUACAAGGUGAUUUACACAUGCUUUUUGCUGAAGAGGUGUGGUCAGAUACAGAAUUUGAAAUGGCUUUCCAAAGAGAUUAAACCAUCUCUCUUUCGCAGCAGAACACUCAAACAGUCCCAAGAAAGAAUACUUGAAAGAGUGAACACUCCUUUCUCUCUCCUCCAGAGCCACAGCUGUUUGUCUGGAGAGUCAAUCAGUCGCAUUAUAUUUAGCACUGCUUUAUUUUAUUUUUGUUCAUCUCUUUUCAAGCGUCUACUUGAUGUGUAAGUGAUAAAAUUGGGUUCCAGCCAUGGUAAAGAUGUGGUAAAGGCUGUAUAGGAUUUUGCGUGCUUGAUACCAAUGUUGAUAGCUUAAGAACAAAUUAGUUAAAUACUGUUACAUUUAUGACCUUUAUGCACAUUUCUGAGCAGGUGCACACUUUUGGGAUAUUUAUGUGUUCAUGAAUUAGGUUUAGUCUUGGAUUUGUCAAUCUGAGACAAGGACUACAGUUACAGUGGAAGAGUCAGCACCAGCUGAAGUAUUCCCACCAACAUGCAAACUGACAGCACUCACAGUUCAAAAAACGGGUUUCAAAGUAAACUAACCAUAAAGUAAAUAAAACGAGCCAAAUUGGUCAUAUUGCUGUCAGAUCCUGAGCUGGCACUUGGAUUGGGAUAUGUUGUUUUCUGAAUGUUAUCCGGCCCUUGAAACAGUCUGCAUGUGUAUCUUCGGUGGUGGUGGAAAAACAGAGAAUAAGUAACUCCAAGUCAUGUUGAAAUGUGUGUAACUGUAGUCAGUGUUGAUGCAAGGCCAUUAGAAAACCUUGGCAAAUUCACGUGUCCUGCUUUUGUUCUGCUGAGUCAGUCUGGCCCUAAUCAGUUGUCUUUUCAGACAUCAUGUGUCCUCUGUGAAAAGCACAUUUGGUUCAUAUUUGACUCCUGGUAAACAGUCAGUUCUGCAAGAAGGAGGCACAUGCAGUUUUGUCAAGCUGCCUUCCACACCACAGAUGCAGUACUGGUGUCUUUUUUUGUUUGUUUUUAAAUUUGCAGCACUUUUCUGUGUUGUUGCAAUGGUAAUUUCCAUUUUUCUGGGAUUUAUGGCUCCCCACAUUUUUCUAUUCUUUUAUACUGUGGGUCAGUUUCAGAGCGUAACAUUCCCUGUGAGUUAUGUAGUCGCCAUGUACCGUCUUGGUAACUGUGACGAGCAGAGUUGGUGAUGUUACAAGGGCUUCAGUGAAGGCUGACGAUCCAGGAAUUUCUUCACUCUUAUGAUGAGAUUAUAUUAUUAGUUGGUUGAGAGUUUGUUUUUUUUUUCAAUGCUUUAGUCAUUUGUAAAUGUGUUGUACAGCUGAUAACUAUGCAGUUUAAUAAGAGGCCCAUAACUAUAACGUCUUAACUUGUCUGAUUAGAUUAAAAAGCCUUUCUUUUUCUAAUUGUUUACACAGAUUUGCUGAGUUGGAAAACUGGAACUCAAAAAAUGUAGCUACUUAAUGAACUGCAUGAUGAAAUUACUUUUACCGAUUAAGAUGUCACUUACACAGAUGUAAGAAUGCGUGCAUGCAUACAACAUGUAAGCUUGUGCAAGCAAUAUAGUGGGUCACCAGCUCUCCUUUGAGUUUGGGUAAAGCAGACACUGACCGGGGAGGGUCGUGCUCGCUCCAGAUGAAAUUAACUGUUCUGCUUUCAAAGGAGGACCCAGGUUUGUACUACCAAAAUGUUCACCUCAUUCCGAGGAAACCCUGGUAAAGGUUUUCGGGUCUGAGUGGAUGGAGCUAAGCUUCAGGUGAACCAGCUGAAAGGCCGAGUUGCGUGUGGUGUUAAAUGAUAGUGAUCAAAUUUUAAACCAAAAUUCUGUUUUGUAUUAUCGAAUAUUCCAGUUUUUGAAUCCUUCGUACUUGAUUAUAUAAAACGAUUCACCAUAGGUCAGCAGCAGAAGUACACUGCAGGUUGCGUAGUGCUUGUAGAGUAUUGUGAGCAGCAGUUUUGUGGUAGUGUAAUGUAUAAUGCUGGUUAAUGAUGCUGUCACGUGUCACCGCGUCAAAGUUAAAAUCUUGCUUUAGGAGCUCGACUCCUCUUCUUUUUGAUCAGCAUCAGACAAAAUAUUGUCUGGGAACCCAUCUGAACUUUGACAGACAGUUUCUUUACUAAAUACCAGCUCUGGCAUUGGCUCUAGUACUGGAUGUUUCAGCGCUUCAGUGAGUUGCUUUUUGUGACAAUAUAGAAGUCAUGACAAUUUUAAGGACGUUUUGUGUUUUUGUGAACCAUCCGAAAUAUGAUUAUAGCUAAGGAUAAAAAUACUAGAUGUGACAAGCCAAAAUUAGUGACAAAACUAAUAACCUUUAAAAAUCUGUGGUGAGCUCACGUGGAAUCCAUGCCAUAAAUAAUGUUUGCUUUGAGACAGCCUUUCUAUAAUUGCUCUUUUUGGCUGUCAUAGUUGGAGUCUGGGUUGGAGUCUGGUUGCGAGUGUCAAUCUAAUAUACAUUGACCUGUUUUUCUUUGUCGUUCUCCAGAUGAUCUCAGGAUUGUGGUUAGAGUUAUUAAAGUAGUUGAAUAUAACUUUGUGGAAAGAGGGGAAAAAAAACACACCCUCCAUUAGUUCAGGACAUUAUUAAGUAGAUAAAAGUUGUUAAGAUCAUUCAUUUCCAUCAGAUUCUGUUGGCCAAAGAAGCCAAAUGAUUUUAAACACAUUGUAGGUUCUGUUGUAGCCAUGUAUCAGUGCAGUUAACUUGGCCUCCUGUUAUUUAGGUGGGACUUUCAUCAGUGACUUUGAAGGGUAUUUUGUGACGAUGUGUGGUAAACUAAAUAUUUUCCCAGUGAAAACAUUUUUUUGUGAAAGCAAAUGAAGUCAUUGGUAAGUGGUUUGGGCACUAGUCGUUGGUAUGUUUGACAUGGUGUGUUGAAAUCACUUCUGUAAUGAUCCUUGGAUUUAUUAUUGAAUUGCCUUAUCCUCCCCCACGAUUGAUUUACUGUAAAUCUUGCCAGCGAUAUGGGACGAUUUAUUGACUGAAUAUAAAUUCACUUGCCUCUCACUUCUUCUGAGGCAGGACCCAUAUGGAUGUUGUAGUGGGUUAUAUAUGCUGGUGGUGAUGGAGUUUUAGAUAUCAGAAUAAUGCCUUGAUGCCUUUUUGUUGUCUUCAAUUUGGGAGACUAACAUUGUAUAUAUUAAACUGUAUUUAUAAAUAAGCUGAAUAAACAGUUGAUAAUUACACUA